GCUGCGCUUCGCCCGGGACUGGACCGAGUUAGAGUUGAGGCGCCGGAGGAGUAGCGCAGAGUGCGUGCGUCCCCCGCGGGGGGGUUCGUGCCCGCAGGCGGUGGGGAGCCGGCAGUUAAGCUUUGAACAAAGUGAUGGGAUCAUAAUUUAUUUCAUCGUGAGGACUUUUAAUAGACCACAGUACUUUUGUGAAAGUCAGCAAGUUGAUACAAGAGCAGUUUUCCCACAGGAAAGAAAAUAAAAGUGCUUGGAGCAACUUACUAAGGUAAACAGAUUGCAGUGGAUUUCUGGAUGGGUAAGUAUAGAUAAGCAGGAUAUUUCUACUUCUUGUAUUUACUUUCCUGUACAAAGGCUUUACAAAAAAGCACAGAUAGCCACUUCUAACCUUCCACACAAACUCAGUGGUGUCACAGAUCAGCAUAUACUCCAAGACAUACCCAAAUUAUAAUUAUGUGUAUAUUUUUCAUGUAGCAUUGUAUCAAGAUCAGUUUAACUUACUGAUCUUUAGUACAGAUGUUUUUAGAGCCAUCUUAGGUCUUUUAGCUUUGACUAUAUCCAGGUUGACUUCUGUAAUUUUUAAUUCAUGGUUAAAUUGACAGUUAUGAAGAACAGAUUCCUCAAACUGAACAAUUACUAAAAGUAAGCAGAUCUCCCCAGGCAAAGUAGCUGUUGGGAAGUAGCCUGAAUAAACACUGCUUGCUCUUAAAAGAAAUAAGAUGAAGUCAGUGAAAGUUGCAGGAGCAUGAGGUAGCAAGUCAGGACUUCAAAUGAGCUGCCAGUCUGUAGUGGCUACAAACGAGAGGUUGCAGUCCACUUUCUGCUGCUCAGUAGUGUAUCUAUCUCUGUCAUGUGCAAGUGUUUCUUAUGUAUCUCUUCCUUACUUCUUUGUUCCAGUCAUCUUGUGGCUAUCUAAGGAGCUUUGGCAGUGUGGAGUUGGGGGAAGAUUGGUUGAAUUUCAAAACUGUUAACAUUCCUAAUAGGGCCAAGAUUUAAUAGGAAUUCAGUUUUUCAUUCUGUGUGCCUAACUGUUGGUCUUGCUUUGUAGUCUAGCAAAAGCAGUGCUAGAAGAUAAUUGCUUGCAUAUGUGGGGUGGGAACAGGACUGAGAGAUGAGGAUUGUGUAAUAAAUAGCGCUGAAAAUUCUGUUUCCUCUGUGUAAAUGUAUUGAUAAAACAUUGUGAUGUGUAGAGAUUGCAUAUUUUUUGCUAGUAUAGAAUUAGAAAGUAAAUGGAUAUUAAGACAUUCAAAGAAAAGCAUAGAAAAACUUAAUUUUCCUUCCUGUUAUCUCAGGAAAAAAAUAAAAUCUGGAACUAUUAAUUCAGUAGUUAUUUUUAAGAACUGUUACUGGAAAGUAGUGUCUUACUCUGAAGUUAGAUGUGUUCCUUUCUUGCUUUGUUUUUCUCAAACAGCAGAUCUGGAAUGGACUCGAGUCCUCUGGGAGGAUUAGACUUGUCUGAAAAUACUCCUAGGUUACUAGGGAAUACCACCAUGGCAGCGGGUCUUGCAAAUGUAGGAAAUACAUUUGGAGGGCCACCAAGUUCUUUGGUUUCUAGACCUAAUAAAUUCCAAAACUCACCUAUAGAAGAUGAUGAUGAUGUAGUUUUUAUAGAACCUAUACAACCUCCGCAAAAUUCUACAUCACUGGUAGCAGACCAAAGGAACGCUGCAUUUACAUCAUCUAAAAAUGAAGAACUUAAAGGAAAUGAUUGCAAAAUGCUUCCUUCUCCAAAAGACUUACAUUCUCGAAAGGGGAGUAUAAGUGAAACUAUUAUUAUUGAUGAUGAAGAAGACAUUGAAACAAAUCAAGGACAAGAGAAGAAUGCUUCCAGUUUUAAUGAACGAAGACUUCCAGAGUGUAAAAAUAGAACCAACGAAAUGGAAUUCUCACCUUCCAGUUUUUCAAGAAGUAAGGUAAAUUCAGGAAUAGGUAAUAGUGGUAUAACCACAGAACCAGACUCAGAAAUUCAGAUUGCUAAUGUUACUACAUUAGAAACAGAUGCUAUGAGCUCUGUCGGUGUUGGUCAUUUAGAAAAUGAUGGUGAUGGGUGUGACAUGAACCUAAUGAUUACACAUGUAACGUCACUGCAGAAUGCCAGCUUGGGAGAUGUAUCUAACGGACUGCAGUCAGAUAAUUUUGGUGUUAAUUUGCAAACAUACACCCCAUCUUUGACUUCACAGACCAAGACUGGUGUAGGACCUUUCAAUCCUGGUAGAAUGAACGUGGCUGGAGAUGUAUUUCAAAAUGGAGAAUCUGUGACUCAUCAUAAUCCUGAUUCUUGGAUAUCCCAAUCAGCUUCCUUUCCUAGGAAUCAGAAGCAACCAGGUGUGGAUUCCUUGUCACCUGUAGCGUCCCUUCCUAAGCAAAUUUUCCAGCCUUCUCCCCAGCAACAGCCUUCUAAGCAGGUUAAAGUCACAUGUGCGAACUGCAAAAAGCCUUUACAAAAGGGACAGACUGCAUAUCAGCGGAAAGGAUCAGCUCACCUUUUCUGCUCCACUACCUGCCUCUCAUCAUUUUCACACAAGCCCACUCCAAAGAAACUUUGCGUCAUGUGCAGAAAAGAUAUAACAACAAUGAAAGGUACCAUUGUUGCUCAAGUAGAUUCAAGUGAGUCUUUCCAGGAGUUUUGCAGUACAUCAUGUUUAUCCUUUUAUGAAGAUAAACAGAAUCCCUCAAAAGGAGCCUUGAAUAAAUCAAGAUGCACAAUCUGUGGUAAACUAACUGAGAUUCGUCAUGAAGUUAGCUUUAAAAAUAUGACUCAUAAGCUGUGCAGUGACCAUUGCUUCAAUAGAUACAGGAUGGCAAAUGGUUUGAUAAUGAAUUGCUGUGAGCAUUGUGGGGAGUAUUUGCCCAGUAAAGGAGCUGGAAACAAUGUCCUUACUAUUGAUGGUCAGCAGAAAAGAUUCUGCUGUCAGAACUGCGUUGGUGAAUACAAGCAGACUCUCAGUGUUCAGUCUUCAACAAAUGGUCAGUUCGUCUCUCCCAGUGAUAUUCAGUUGAAAUGUAAUUAUUGCAAAAGUUCUUUCUGUUCAAAACCAGAAGUACUGGAAUGGGAGAACAAAGUAUAUCAGUUCUGCAGCAGAGCAUGUUCUGAUGAUUAUAAGAAACUGCACUGCAUAGUUACAUACUGUGAAUACUGUCAGGAAGAGAAAACGCUCCAUGAAACAGUGAAUUUCUCUGGUAUCAAGAGACCCUUUUGCAGUGAAGGCUGCAAGCUGCUAUAUAAACAAGACUUUGCAAGACGGUUAGGACUGAGAUGUGUUACUUGUAAUUACUGCUCACAGCUGUGCAAAAAGGGAGCAACUAAGGAACUUGAUGGUGUAGUGAGAGAUUUCUGCAGUGAAGAGUGCUGUAAAAAAUUUCAGGACUGGUACUACAAGGCUGUACGGUGUGACUGUUGUAAGUCUCAAGGAGCCCUCAAAGAGAAGGUGCAGUGGCGUGGUGAGAUGAAGCAUUUCUGCGAUCAGCACUGUUUGCUCCGCUUCUACUGUCAGCAGAACGAACCCAAUCUGGCCACCCAGAAAGGACCUGAGAACCUGCACUAUGAUCAGGGCUGUCAAACCCCCCGGACAAAAAUGACAGGCUCAGCUCCACCACCUUCUCCAACACCUAACAGAGAAAUGAAGAACAAGGCAGUUCUUUGCAAGCCUUUGACAAUGACAAAAGCCACGUACUGUAAACCUCAUAUGCAGACAAAAUCUUGUCAGACAGAAGAUGAGUGGAAAAAAGAGUAUAUCCCAGUGCCUAUUCCUGUACCUGUCUACGUUCCGGUGCCUAUAAACUUGUAUAGUCAAAAUGUUCCCAUUCCUACCACGGUUCCUGUUCCUGUGCCAGUUCCAGUUUUUUUGCCCACUACUCUGGAUAGCACUGAGAAAAUCCUUGCAGCAAUAGAAGAGCUGAAGGGAAAAGUACCCUCAGAUCCUCUGGAAGCUGAGCUACUGAACCUGUCAGGGGUGGUACCUGAACAUGUUGGAAAAGCUGAAACUUCUGAUGUGGCCAGUGUGAUAGUUGACUCAAAUCUCCUAAACUCAGAGUCACGGACAAACUUGCCUGAUGUUCCAUAUGAGCCAGACCUUGAUAUUGAAAUAGACUUUCCAAGAGCAACUGAAGAGCUUGAUACAGAAAAUGAGUUUUUGUUACCUCCUGUUUUUGGUGAAGAAUAUGAGGAGCAGCCAAGGCCUCGGCCCAAAAAGAAGGGCGUGAAGAGGAAAGCCGUGUCGGAGUACCAGGCACACGACGACAGCUCCGAGAACUCCGAGUGCAGCUUUCCAUUCAAAUACGCCUAUGGGGUAAACGCAUGGAAGCACUGGGUAAAGUCCCGGCAUUUAGAGGAAGAGCUUCCAGAGUUAGAGGAACUGAAAUCAAUAAAGUCUGUGAAAUUAAAGGAAGAUCUAUUAUCACAUACUUCAGCUGAGUUAAACUAUGGGUUGACACAUUUUGUCAAUGAAAUUCGAAGGCCUAAUGGAGAGAACUAUGCACCUGACAGCAUCUAUUAUCUGUGUCUUGGAAUUCAGGAGUAUUUAUAUAGGAGUAAUCGGAAAGACAACAUAUUUAUCGAUCCAGUCUACCAGACGUUUGAACAGGAAUUAAAUAAAAUCCUUCGAAGUUGGCAACCAAGCAUACUUCCAGAUGGAUCAAUAUUCUCUCGAGUUGAAGAAGAUUACCUUUGGAGGAUUAAACAGCUAGGAUCACAUUCACCUGUUGCUCUUUUGAAUACACUCUUCUACUUUAAUACUAAAUAUUUUGGUCUGAAAACAGUGGAGCAGCAUUUAAGACUUUCUUUUGGCACUGUUUUUAGACAGUGGAAGAAAAAUCCUCUAACAAUGGAAAGUAAAGCUUGUCUUCGAUAUCAAGUGUCUUCCCUGUGCAGAGCUGAUAAUGAAGAUAAAAUUGCUACUGGAAAGAGGAAACAUGAAGAUGAUGUUCCAGUAUUUGAACAAAUUGAAAACACAUCCGAUCCAGCUAGAUGCCCUGUGAAAAUGUUUGAGUGCUAUCUAUCUAAAAGCCCACAGAAUCUGAACCAGAGGACAGACAUGUUCUAUCUGCAGCCGGAGUGCUCCGUGUCGGCGGAGAGCCCCAUCUGGUACACUGCCACUUCACUGGACCGCAACACUUUGGAAAAUAUGCUCGUACGGGUUCUUUUAGUAAAAGAUAUUUAUGAUAAAGACAAUUAUGAACUGGAUGAAGACAUAGAUUAAAACAAAACUUCCAAAAACUGUCAAGACAACAAACAGCAUUAGAUAUAGUCAUGCUGCUAGACCUUUACUAUGGAAAACAUUUCAAGUUUACCCUUUGUUUUAUGAGUUUUGUAGCAGUGUGUACCCUUACCCCUGGGUAUUACCAUGUAAAUAGUUUGUGAGUGAAAGUCUCCAUUAUUCUGCGUAGUGGUUUUAGGAUACAUAACAAACACAUUUCAGAUUCUUUUUUUAUUAUUUAUUUGAUUAGGUAUGUUUGUAACUUUUUACAUUGCAAAAUAUGAAUGAGAAUAUGCCAUGUGUAAUUUUUUUUUCCCCUUGUAGUAAGAUACAUCCAUGUUGCACAACUCUGCUGUUGGAAGCUCCCUUGGAGGAGGCUCUUUUAUUGGCUUCUUAAACCAGAUGGUUGUGUAUGGGUAGCACUACUAAAGUUUAGAACUUGCUGUGUCUUUCAGAAUUUUUAAAUGAAUUGUAAACUAAUAGGUUUUUUACUUUUUAGUUACUGAAGCCUUAUAAGGUUAUGUAGAGAGAUUCCAUCUUAUGUACCAAAAAUAGACAAAAGAGAAUGCUGUCAAUAUUGGUGUACUGUAAUGUGAAUCUAUUCUGGUGAAAACACUUUUUUGUUGCCCUUAUUAAAACCUUAGUGUCCUUUCGUUAUUUCUGACUCUCUCUCAAUUGCCCCUACAAAUAAAAUAUAUAUGUAAAAAUAAGUGAAUAUAAGCUUAGAGCAUGUGGUCAUCAAGACAUGUAUUUUGUAAAAAGGAAAAUUUAAACCAAAAGCCCCUCAAAAAAAAAAGGAAAAGGAAAAAAAAGAUGUCUGAUGACAAUGCUAUUCUUUUCUCAUCUUUACUUUUCAAUCAUAAAUGCCAGUACCUCAUAUUAAUGUAAAUUUGUCCUUUGUAGCCUUAUAGAAAGGGUUAUAUGCCACAUUACAUGGAGUAAUAUGGUAUGCUAAAUUUUAAUUUGUAUGUCCUUUCAUUGCUGUAUUUGAAUGCAGUCAAUACUUGACUAUGGAUAGAAAGAUUCUUUCAACUAAUGCCUCCAUUCAAAAGCCAUAUGAGAUGUGAAGUUGCAACAAGUUAAAAGAUAAUUUUUCUUGAAGAAAAUCCUUUCAUUUGCUCUCUAUUCUUGUUCGUACUUCACUCAAGUAGUCUGAUUUCCAGAUACAUGUUUAACUGCUUAAAUUUUGUUACUUGCUCUUAUUUAACUAAUACAAACAGUAUGGUGGUUCAAGCAAUGGUUUUGCUGUUGUACUAAAAAAAUGUAGUAGAGUAAUUCUACUAUAAAGAACUCAUAAGCUUAAGUCUCUCCUAAAUGGCAUUAAUUAUCUGUUGAGAUGAAUCAUCUACUAAAGGAGAAACUUUCUAUGUAUAUAUAUUACCACCUGCGGAUUUAUUUCUUGCAAGGGAUGCAUGGCUUUUUCAUUUUCCUUAGCUUAAAAGAAUGCACAUAAGGAUGCAUCUUUCUAUAUAGAUAAAUAAAGCUUCAGUUGCUUUGUUUUGUUAAACAAGUUUAUUUAAAUUUCUGCUAUUCUGGUGUGUCUGUGAGUAUGUAUUAUUUUUAGAUAUACCACUAUUUCUAAUGGAGAUGGAAAUGUACAUAUUUAAUUUUUCAUUUCUUUCUGGUGGCAUUACCCUUCCUGUGAAAUCAAGAAAUACAACACAGCACCAGUGAGUAGAUCAACAGCUUCAAUGAAUUUUUCCCUCUGUGAGUGAAUAUUUAAAAACUUCAUUCAUUAACCCUUGUUUUUUUCAAACAGCAGCCAUACAAUGCCUAUGAUACAUAAAAGGGACGAAAUCAGGAACUGUAGUCAUGGUUUUGUUCUGGUCUCUCCAGCUUUUUUUAACACCUGACUUGAACGUAAGUUAAAUUUACAUAUGGAAAUCAUAACUAAUUACCUGUGUUAAAUGAAAUUUGAAAUAUUUCAUUUGAGCAUAACUUUUAAGUGUUUUGACAAAUAGCAGUAAGGAUCACUUGCAGCCCCUUCUCUGUAGUUCAGACUUCAGGGACUUCAGCAGAGGUUUCAGUUGCUCCUGGAUUAUAACUGUGUUUAAUGACAAACACACUUUUGUAAAACUGCAAACCUUUAAUGUGAAGCUGAAAGUUAAGUAUAUGUGUUGAGUGUUUUGUCUCCAACAAGAGUUUUAAAUUUUUGUUCUCAGAAUCAGAUUACAGCUUAAAUAGUAAGGUCAGUCUUUAGUAUUGGCAUGUUGAACAAUCUCUAGGCAUUUUCUGCACCAGGAAGAAAUAAUUAAUGCUUCUUAAAUUUUAUCAGGAGCCACAUUAUUGUUGUAAAUUCCUUCCAUUCAUCUGCCAUCAGUAAAAAUGUCCAAGUUGGGUUUUGAAAUAGACAUCUUUACAUAUAGAUCCAUGUUGGAAAUGUAAAGAUGGUUGUUAACUUUUAUUCCAGAAGAUGGAGCUAUUCCAUCAUCAGCAAUAGUGUUUUUUGAGUGGCUCACGUGUUCAGAUUGAACGUUGUAAACUGCAGAGAUAUUGCAGUCAAGUCGGCAUCGUGGUUCGAUGUAUGCAUUUUAUUCCUAAAUUUGAAUGGUCAUGAGAAAUACAGAAAAAAUAAAGAUAUGCAAUUUUAUAGUAAUUAGGAGUUCAGGGCAAAUUUUUUUUUUUAUUUUUGUUCCUUUGGCAGAACUGUCAGCAGCUGGAGUAGAAUAAGGUUGAUGUCAAGGAAUUAUAUGCUGUGCAGGACAAAAUAUGAUGUUCUGUUCUACACAGGCAGACAGCUUUCAGGUGGCGAUGUGUCUAAGAAAUCUGCCCUCACUUUCCUCCCUAAGAGGGUGUGAAGUGGCACCCUGGCUAUUGAGGGCAUCCCUGUGAGCUCUGGCAGAGAUUACCUGAGAAAUGCAGUGUGGGGACUACACCCCUCUGUCCACACACAGCCCUGCACUCCAGUCCUGGUGGGGUUUUCUUAACUUCUUCAGUCGGGCCAACAUGUAACAGCUCUGCAUCUCCUUGCUGUCAGAUCAAAUACUGAACAAUUCCCAGGUGAAUAGUGGCCUUAAGGCACUGAGAAAGUUAGCAGCAAAAAGAAAAUCACAUAGAAAAUAUAGUUCAGUGUGAAAAACAAUGAAAAAUUAAUGGAAUUUUCACAAAAUAUAUUUACUUUGUUAGUCAUCUUUUUUAUCUGUGACUGUGUUCAGUCAAUGAGAAUCACACAGCUUUUUGUAAUUAGGGAACUAAGCAUAAAUUACAAGUUUGUUUUUAUUGAACAAAAGGUUAUGGUUGUGAAAUAAUUUCAGUGUGUGCAAUAUUAAUUACCUUUAAAGUAGUCACAAUGGGACUCUACAGUGCAGCAAAAUUUGUUUUCUUAGUAUCUGUGACUGUCCCAUGAGAGGCUGUGUAAAUAGGUGGGGAAAACAGGAGAGGUGGUCCAUAAACCUUGCAGUCCCACAAGGAAGGUGGUGUGUGAGAUGGAAGAAAAAAGGGCAUGAGUAGUGGCAGGAAAACCUAUCCCAUACUCAUUUUUGCUGACUUUUUUUAUUAUAUAGGAGGGUUUUUUCUGUUCCACUUUCCCAUUUUGUCUGUUACAUAUAGGAACGGCAGUUAAAUAUUUUAAUUACCAUUUUUUAAACAUCCACUCUUCAGUUCAUUGCACUCAUAUUUUGCAUUAUAUAAUACACGUUAUGUGCAGGACUGAGUAUGUGGCAGAGUAAAUGGAGUGGGAGUUUAAAUUACUGAGAUGUAAGAGGGUGUUUGGCCAUCACAGGUGAAACGAGUCUCUGGAUUAUAAUGCCAAAGGUUAAUGAUGUUUUGGAAGCAUUGAAUUUGAACUGUUGAAACCCAAAAGCUUCAGCACAUGAGCCACAGCGCUUGGGACCAGCAUGUGAUGGAGCUUGUGCUUUGAAACUCAGGCUGGUGUUUGUGUCUGUGACACAGGGAAGCAGGACAGAAAAGGGUGACCAUGUCCACUUUGAACAACUACCAGAGUUUAAAAAGUUGCAGGUUUAAGAUCUACUUUUUGAUGAGACCUUCUGAGCUUCUGACACCUGUUACAACUUCCUGCAUAGCCUGGCUCAAAGCUUUUAGGCCAGCAAUUGCUGCAUGCAUGGUGGAUGUGUAAAAUAGGUUUUUGUAUUUAAAAGGGUUUAGUCUGGUGAGUUUUUAUUUUCAGGAAAUUGGUGUGUUGGUGUUUCAAAAUACAUAUAUCUGGAAAAUUGUUUCCUCACCCAAGAACUGUUUAUGUUUAUGGAAUAAAGCUACUGACACAUCAGUCACGCA